AUGGCGGAUCUUCCAAAAGAGCGCCUAGACGGUUCUCACGCCUUUGAGAUCACAGGCGUAGACUUUUGUGGCCCGUUUUUCUACAAGCCGGAGGCACGCAACAAGGCUCCAAUCAAGUGCUACGUCUGCGUCCUCAUUUGUUUCGCGACCAAGGCCGUUCAUCUGGCGCUGAUCAAGGAUCUAUCGACAGUCUCUUUUCUCUACGGCCUAAAGCGCUUUAUAUGCACCAGACGAAAGCCACGGCAAAUUUGGUCAGACAACGCAACCAAUUUUGUCGGUGCAAGGAACGAUCUCGUGGAGCUAAGACGCCUGUUUCUCAGCGACGAUCAUCAGAAGGCGGUUCUGGAUUUCUGUUUGGUUGAGUCCAUUGAUUGGCACUUCAUCCCGCCGCGCUCGCCUCACUUUGGUGGCCUAUGGGAAGCCGCAGUGAAGACGGCCAAGUACCACUUUUAUCGAGCAAUAGCCAAUUCGGUUCUUGGAUUUGACGAGCUGCGGACGCUGUUAUGCCACAUCACGGCAGUCAUUAAUUCAAGACCUUUAGUUCCCAUUUCAGAGAGUCCUGCCGAUCUUGACGUCUUAACUCCAGCACAUUUCUUGAAUGGCGGCCCUCCUGCUUCAUUCACUGAGCCUGAUGUCAUGAAGCUAAACUUCGAUCGCCUUGACGCCUGGCAGCGCGUUUCUUACCUUCAACAGCUCUUUUGGUCCCGGUGGAAGGAGGAGUACAUCACGUCACUGCAGCAGCGCUCAAAGUGGGGAACUCAGAAGCCGAGUUUAGCAGUCAAAGACCUGGUCCUCGUCAAGGAUGAAAAUCUACCUCCCAUGAAGUGGCCACUAGCGAGGGUGGUCGAACUACUACCUGGAGGAGAUGGCGUCGCCCGAGUCGCUGUGCUGAGGACUGCAACUGGAAUCACCAAGCGAGCCGUUAACAAGCUGUGUUUGCUUCCCUUAAAGAUGCUGUUGAAAGUCAGGCUUCCAACGGGGGGAGUAUGUCGGGUCAAGCAGCCUAAAUAA